UACACAUGCGAAUUAUUAUUGAUACACAUCAAAUAAAUUUUAUAGACACAAACGAUUAAAAUGUUGCUUAUUAUAAAGUUGAUUUAACCGUUUAAUAUUUAUUUAUUUAUGGUGUAUAUUUUAUUCUAUCGUUAGAAACUUUUAAAAUAAACCUCGUAGGAAAACAGAGAUAAGAAACAAUUCUAAUAAGCUCGGUUUCGACAUUACUAACAUUAAGUUAGUUUUUUGGUUGAUUUCAUGUCAACGUUAUCAAGAGAAUAUGAAUUUUCUCGGGUUUCAAGUGGAGCCUUUGGAGUCGAUGUUGGUGUUAGGCGCAGAUCAAGACGAGAGGUCAUCAAAAUGACUGGGUUAAUAAGUUUGAUAGUGUUUGCUCUGGUUAUUACUGUUGUGUAUGGUGUACAUUAUUCGGAAAGUGAUGGUCCCACAUUCCGGUAUUUUCAAAGAGUUGAAUCUGCUAAUGAAAAUGACAAAUAUCAAAAGAUAUCCAAUUCUACAAUAUGGACUUACGAAUGCAGAUCCGAACAAUGUGAGAGAAGACCAGCUGAUACCAAUGAAAUUAGGGUGUCCCUAGAGCAGUGUAAUAUGUUAUGCAGUAAUCCGUCCUUAUGGCCUAAACCAAGAUCAGUUUACGUAUCAAACAAAUCCGUUUCUUCUUUUUUGAAGAAUCAAAUAAAAUUGAAAAUAAAUAGUCCGUCUUCAAUUAAAGAUGACUUAAAGCAAGCCUUCAGAAUUUUUUUGAAUACUAUUCCAGAUGAAAGGAAAUUUCGAACUCAAGAUGAAGUCGAUGUCGCAGAUAUCUUCAUUAAUCUGACCGUUACAAAAGAUGAUAAUAAACCAAAACAAGAUACGGACGAGUCUUACACUCUUUCGGUAACAAAAUCAAACUCUAAUAUAACGGUAAACAUUUCAUCUACGACAUAUUUCGGAGCCAGACAUGGGUUAGAAACACUCAGUCAGCUAAUCUGGUUAGAUAGCGUUUCACAAAAGCUUCUAAUAUAUCAUGAUAUUUCUAUAAGAGACAAACCUAUGUUUCCUCAUAGAGGCUUGAUGGUAGAUACGGCUAGAAACUUCUUUCCUAUGAAACAGCUCUUAAAAGUAGUAGAUGGUAUGGCUGCUAAUAAGUUAAAUGUAUUCCAUCUGCAUUUAACUGAUUCUGUGAGUUUUCCAAUUGUACUUCCUAAUAAUCCUUGGUUGGCCAAAUAUGGAGCUUACAGUCCAGAAAAAGUCUACACACCAGAAGAAGUAAAAAGUUUGGUAGAGUACGCCAGAAUUCGAGGCAUCAGAGUAAUUUUGGAAGUAGAUGUUCCAAGUCAUAUAAACGAAGGUUGGAACUACGCCAAUAAGAACGACGACAAAAUAGUAAUAUGUGGGGAAGAAGAUGUAAAUGGUGGUCACUUAAACCCUGAUAACCCAAGAAGCUUUAAACUGUUAGAAUCCAUUUACUCGGACCUUAUUCAGUUAGGUACUGAUAAUGAAACUUUUCAUAUUGGAGGCGAUGAAGUAGAUUUAAAUUGUUAUGGAAAGACGAACGCUGCUUCUCAUUUUUCCGACCCCCAUGAGUUCUGGGCUGACCUGAAUCACAAAAUAUUUAAAACAGUUAGUAAUGCUUUUAAUAAUCAACCACCAAAAAAUAUUGUUAUAUGGUCAAAUGAUCUGACCAGUAAUUAUAUGUCGUAUCUUAAAUACACGAAUAACCUUGUUGUUCAAUUUUGGUAUGGACAACUUGAUCCAAUACUAAGAAAUGGCAACAAGGUUAUAUUUUCAACGGUCUCAAACUGGUACUUAGAUUGUGGAUUUGGACCUUGGAAAUCAAGCAAUGAUGUAGGAAAUUGUGAUCCAUAUAGGCAUUGGAAAGCUUUUUAUACCUACAGACCAUGGUAUGAAUAUCAUACGUAUAGACAACAGGUUCUGGGAGGAGAGGCAUGUUUAUGGAGUGAACAGGUGGGUGUAGAUGAUUUAGAAACAAGAAUAUGGCCGAGAACUGCAGCUAUGGCGGAGAGACUAUGGAGUGAUAUUCCUAUUUUUGACUCAAAAGACGUAUUUACCAGAAUUUCUACUCAAAGAGAGAGGCUUAUACAACGGGGCCUCAAGGCAGAAGCAACUUGGCCGGAGUGGUGUACACAAAAUCCAGGAAAAUGCUAAAAAUAUCUGUGAUAACGAAACUAAAACAUUUCAAAACAAAUAAACAGUGAUAUGUCUACUAAACUUUGUAGAAAUGUUGUUAUUUAGUUUGUAUUAAUAUUUUACGUAAUAUACACAAUUAGAUAAU